AUUAGAUAACUGGGCCAGUUGUGGUCCUAACCUGAUCAUAAGAUCGAAAUCGACCGUUCCAUCUGAUAUGGCUGCGACGGAUGCAUUUGGGGAAAGCGCGGGAAUUUCACACGAGUUAAUCAUUGAAACUCAACAGGUGCCGUAUUCGCGCCUUUUCUCCUCUCUAAUCUCCAGACUUUCCUUUCCAUUUUGUCUGAAAAUCUGAAUACAGUUUCUCUCUCUCUCACUCUCUCUCUCUCUCUCUCUCUCUCUCUCUCUCUAGAGAAGCCCUGAAAUACGCAGAAAUUUCUGGAGAUAUAUAGGGAUAUAUUGCGACGCACCAGCUUCGUGAAGAUCUGAAAAACAUAACGAUGGUGAGGAACCUUAUAUUUCAUGGAGGAGAUUAAAUCUGAAUUUUGAUUUUUUUCAUAGAAUAUGAGCUGGAGUGAUUUCAUUUUAGGAAGCCAUGGUAGCUCUCCUGACUGGCGCGGAGCACUGUAGUGGAAGAGAGAUUGACACAGAAAAAGCUUGCUAUCUACUCGGGGUUUUGUUGAGGAUAGGAGGCCCAGCUCGUCUUGAAGAACUCGCAGCGAGAUGUAUUAUGUUCUAUGCAUCGCCUGAUUUUGUGCAGUUCCUCUGCUUGAUCCCUGAUUCGCCUCUGUUCUUGACGGAUGAUCUGUUUGUCAAAGUCUCUUCGGCUGCCUUCUCGGCUUUUGAAGGAUUGGUUUCUAAGGCUCGUGGUGAUUUUUUUCCACUGGUCACGUUUAGGGGUUUUGAAUCGAGGAGAUCACAGCACCGUGUUUUUCAAACGUAUUUUCGCAAGGCGCAGGGACCAGAAGCUCUUUAUGUCACUUAUCCCAAUGCGAAAAGAAGGAUGAUUUUGCCUUCUGAAAAUGAUGAAAAUAAAUGUUCAUCUCUCAAGCAAACAAGAGCCAAUGUAAUUCUGUUGAGGGACAUGUUGAUAUUGCGGAUAAUAUGGUCAAGAGCAUGAAUGUGAAUUAUGAUUUGGGGCCUAUGGCUGGGUUUUCAAGUUAUGGGUUGAUGAACAAUAAUUUAGGAUUUGGAAAUGAAUGCAAGAAGAAAUUGAUCGUGCACAGGGAACUCCUCGGACUUGUACAAACACCAAUGUUCCAACAUAGUUUUAUCAACACUAAAAUGGAUGCAGAUAUUCCUAGGUCAACAAAAGUUACAUUGCCUGAUUGUCAACCGGUUCUUACAAUGGAAAACUUUAUGUUAAAGGACACUCAAAGGGAUGAAAUGGAGUUGAGGAGUGGAAUAAAUUUGACUUUGGCAUCUUGUCCAGAAGUACAGAGGCAAUGCAAUGCUUCAGCUGUUGGGGCUGUUACUCGAGUUAAUCAUCCUUGUGAAGCUGCUGUAAGCAGACCUAUUGAAGAUGUAGGAGUUUAUGAUGCGGUUUGCGGCUGGGAGGAGCAAAAUAUUAGUCAAUGUGCUGCUCCCCAAGAUUUAGAGAAUGCUGUCCCACUGGAUAAUAUUAAACAAAAGGGGGAAAUUCAUAGAAAGAUUUUGGAAUCAGUGAACUUGUUGAAUAGUAAUGAUUCUUUGCUAAUAUCUGCUAGAAGAGAGAAAACAACUGCUAAGGUGAAAACGCAGGAUGUUUUUCCAAUAUAUGAUCACUUUAAGGCCCUGAAGAAGAAAACAAGUUCAAUUAUCAAGCUAAAUCCUGUGCACAAAGAUACUUCACCUGUAGGAUCACAUGUUCUUUCUGGGUCAAUAGAAUUUAAUAAAGCUGUUAAUACUGAUAAGCAGCUGGGGCAAUGUAAAAGAGAGCAAAAGGGUAGCUCCACGAAACAGAAGUUGAAGCAGAAUCGUAACUAUGACAUGCAUAGCAAAGAAAACAGGGCAGUCCAUCCCUUAAUGAUAUCCAAGAAACAUUCAGAGCCAAAAAUACUUCCAAACUUUGAAUCCUUCGUCAUAGAGGAAGAAGAAGGUUCAGGUGGCUAUGGUACUGUUUACAGGGCUAGGAGAAAAGAUGAUGGAAAAAUAUUUGCUGUUAAAUGUCCUCAUGCAAAUGCUCACACACAUCAUGUGAACAAUGAGCUAAAGAUGUUGGACCGAUUUGGGGGUAGGAACUUUGUAAUAAGAUAUGAAGGCUCUUUCAAGAGUGGAAACUCUGAGUGCUUCAUUCUUGAGCAUGUUGAGCAUGACAGACCUGAGGUACUUGAAAGAGAAAUAGAUAUAUUUCAGCUCCAAUGGUAUGGUUAUUGUAUGUUCAGAGCCCUUGCCAAUCUGCAUAAGCAGGGGAUUGUGCAUAGAGAUGUUAAGCCUGGGAAUUUCCUCUUCUCCAGUAAGCUUAACAAAGGUUACCUCAUUGAUUUUAACCUAGCCAUGGAUCUACAGCAGAAGUAUGGCCACAGUAGCAAAUCAAGGCCGAGUUAUAACAUAAAAUUUGAUCACAUUCCUACUCCCAGUACCAAAUCUUCUCAAACUACCAAAGAUAGGAAAGUGCUAAGUGGUAAAGUUUGGGAAGCUGUCAAUCGGGAUGCAGCGAAGGACACGAAGACAUCUCUUGAAAUCAGGAAUAUGAAAAAGAGGGCUGAUGUUGGUCAUCCAGAAGCCCACCCUGACAUGGAUAGUAGAACUAUAUUCAGAAGCCACGGUGCAGAUGUCUCUGGAGUAACCUCAACCAAGGAUGCAACAAGCACUAGAACUCCUUCAGCGGAGAGGUUGAGGGAACCUCUUCCAUGCCAUGGAAGGAAGGAGCUGAUCAGUCUGGUACGUGAAGCAAUGCAAAGUCCAAGUCAUGAUGCUGCAAGCAUUCCUGGUUCUCAAAGGAAGAGGGUAGCUCCUCCUGGGAAAGUUGAAGGCAAACCUGUUUACCCGACUCCAAUGCCUCUCCACUCUACUGGUGUUGCUGUUGCUGGCUCAUUAAAGAAUAAAGGGGAUGGAAAACAUAAAAGAGAAGGUCCUUGUGUUGGAACCAAGGGUUUCCGGGCUCCAGAGGUCUUGUUCAGAUCUGCUCAUCAAGGUUUCAAAGUUGAUGUUUGGUCUGCGGGGGUAACCCUUCUUUACCUGAUGAUUGGAAGAACACCAUUUGUUGGUGAUCCUGAACAGAACAUAAAGGAUAUUGCAAAGUUGAGGGGCAGUGAAGAUCUAUGGGAAGUAGCCAAGUUGCAUAACCGUGAAUCCUCAUUCCCCGUGGAACUGUUUGAUAUACAAGCCUUACCAUCGAUAGGACUGAGGGAGUGGUGUGAAGUGAACACAAAGAGACCAGACUUCCUUGAGCUGAUCCCCAGAUCACUCUUUGAUCUAGUUGACAAGUGCUUGACCGUGAACCCAAGAUUGAGGAUCAGUGCAGAAGAAGCUUUGAGGCACGAGUUUUUUGCCUCAUGCCAUGAGAAUUUGAGGAAGCAGAGGCUUCUCAGGCGGGGGCCUAACUUGGAUUCAGGAAGCCCCUGCCUUCCAAGUGAACAAGUGUCAACUGCUCUGUGAAGGUUUCGGUCUCUCAUGCAAGUUUAAUUGGAGAGCUCUUGAGGCUUCGGCUUCGGCUUCAGUCCCAACUGACACCAAUUGCAGUGCUAUAGUGCUAACCACUUUUUUUCUUUCUUUUAACUUGUAGCAUGCUGUAAAUAUUCUCUCUCUUGUUUGAGUAACUUGUCAAUCUCAGUGGCUUUUGUUUCGUAAAUUGCCCCAUGAAAUUAAUUUUUUUUUCUUGGGAAGUACAAACUAUAAUUAAGACGCCAAAAGAUACAAAGAGCUGUUAUCUAAUUCAUACUACCAGAA